AAUGGUGUUUUUGCUGUCACGCCAACUUCCGUCUCUAGCAAAUGUCUUUUCACUCAAAGCUUGUGGGAAACGUGGACGCGUUUCAUUGAGUUUUAUCAAAAAUAACAAUGUCCAACCAGAAGAGGAGAAAGACCAGGAAGCUCCGUGGUCACGUCAGCCACGGUCACGGUCGCAUUGGGAAGCACAGGAAGCAUCCGGGCGGUCGCGGUAACGCCGGUGGCAUGCACCACCACCGCAUCAACUUCGACAAGUACCAUCCCGGGUACUUCGGCAAGGUGGGCAUGCGAGUGUUCCACCUGCGACGCAACCACACUUACUGCCCAACUCUCAACCUGGACAAGUUGUGGACGCUGGUGAGCGAGAAGGUGCGCGAGGACUGCGCCAAGGAGGCCACCAAGGAGAACCCGAAGGUGCCCGUGGUGGAUCUGGUGAAGUUCGGCUACUACAAGCUCCUGGGCCGCGGGCAUCUGCCCAAGCAGCCCAUCAUUGUGAAGGCCAAGUUCUUCUCCGCCAAGGCGGAGCGCAAGAUCAAGGAAGCCGGAGGCGCUUGCAUUCUGCGUGCCUAAAUCAAUAAAUCAACCCACUUUCCACCCGGAAAA